GGUAUGUCAGUUGUUUGGAGCAGUAUCAGAUCUGCAGCGGCUCUCGGGGUCGAGAUGCAACACUUUGGGGGUAACUUCUGGGGGGAGAAAAACAAUGGUUUUGAUGUCCUUUACCACAACAUGAAACACGGGCAGAUCUCGGUCAAAGAGCUGGCUGACUUUGUAAGGGAAAGAGCACUGAUUGAGGAAUCCUACUCCAAAUCCAUGGCCAAACUGUCUAAGAUGGUGAGCACUAACAGCAUGCUGGGGACCUUUGCUCCAAUGUGGGAGGUAUUUCGGAUUUCAGUUGACAAGUUAGCGCUGUGCCACCUGGAGCUGGUGAGGAAACUCCACGAUUUGAUUAAAGAGAUGAACCGAUUCAACGAGGAGCAGGUCAAAGUGCACAGGAAGACAAAGGAGGAGGUGUCGGGCACACUGGAAGCAGUCCAGAAUGUUCAGUCCAGUGUCCAGCUCCUACAGAAAUGCAAGGACAAUUAUCACAGCAAGUGGCUGGAAUGGGACCGGCUGAAAAAGGACAGAGCGUCUCAGAAGGAAAUUGAUAAGGCAGAACUCAAAUCCAAGAAAGCUGCCAAGUCCUACAAGGCCAGCAUUGAGAAAUAUCACUGUGCGAGAUCGGACUAUCAGCAGAAGAUGGCGGAGGCUGCCCAGAAGUUCCAGCGAAUUGAGGAGAAUCACCUGAGACACAUGAAGGUGCUGAUCAAAUCCUACUCAAACUCCAUUGAAGACACACAUGUGCAACUGGGUCAGGUCCAUGAAGAGUUCAAACAGAAUGCAGAGAAUAUCGGAGUGCAGGAUCUGAUCCAGAAAUAUGCCCUGACCAAAGGCACUGGCAAGGAGAAGCCAGGGCCCAUUGAGUUUGAGGAGUGUAACCCAGAAGUGGUGCUGGAAGUGUCAAAGAAAACCAAAAGGAAAUCAUUUGUGAUCCCAGGCCUCAGCAAGAGGGAGAAGGACACGGACUCCACGGGGUCUCCCGAUGCUGACUCUACUAAUUCCCCAGAGGUCGAUGAAGAAGGUUACACUAUCAGACCAGAGGUGACCCAGAAUUAUGAGAAGGAACACAGGACCUGCUGUUCCAGUGACUCUGACUCUGACGAUGAUGAACCCCGAAGGUUCCAUGUGGAAAUCAAACCAGUGACGAUCAAGGACCAGAAUGGCGACCCUGAGAUUUCUGUGGAGCAACUGAAGGCAUCGAUAGGGAAUAUCGUCCUCUCCUCUAAUCCAAUGAUCCUGACCAAAAGGAAUUCCUCCAAACACACUAUCCAAUUGGCUCCACUUCCAGUGGAUGGAAACACUGAGGAAAUUAAUGCCAGAGAUGUAGAGACAACAGUGUACCAGUUUACUGCUCCAAGCUCAGAGCCCAACAGCCGACCCGCCAUCUCGCAGAAUGGCAUCAGCUUUCUGGAUCCACUCUUUGGGUCAUCAGCAGAACCCAUGUUUGACAAGUCCAGUCUCCCAGCCCAGUGUAACCAGGUGGGUGCAAACCCACUGUCUCUGAGCCCCCCAUCGGGCUCCAGCGCUCUGGAGGUGAUAGAAGAUUCAGGUCUGGACUCCCCUUCCCUGCCGACCACUGAGGGUUCCUCACCGUCUCCUGAGUCUAGGCCGUGGACCCCUCAGCCUGUCACGCCGCCAGUCUCGCUCCCGCUCAGCAGGACCUUCUCGCCAGCCGUCGAUGACUCCUUUCUUCACUCCACCUGCGGGCCCAAGUCAAGUGACUGUGUCACCAGCACGGACCUUCAGAACUCGGAGAAGAGCUGCAACACCCCAGCGGACAGAGGGUGGUCACCUGUAGAGCCGCGGGUGAUGGCUGAACUCCCUGCCCUAGGCCUUCACGGUCUGGCUGCUAGCAACACUGCACCUGCUACAGGCCUGCCGGGUGCUCAAGCUGACGUCUCAGCGGGGAAAACAGCUCUGGUGCCUCUGCCUCGCCGCCACUCAAGAAAGAAACUUCUCCCCCUCCAGCUGGACACCACGGACGCAUCUAGGUGCAUCAGUCCAUCGACAACGCCCCAAAGCCCUUCAGCAGCUGUCUCAAGCUUGGUUGAUGAAGCGACGACAACACAUACCUCCCGAAGUCGAGCUGCUACGCCUGCCUCGAGCAUCUCCCGAGGACCCAGCCCGGUGACUCUGGGCUGCCAGGACGCUCUGCCAGUUGCAGCUGCCUUUACAGAAUGUAUUGAUGCCUAUUUCAAGGGUGGAGACUUCACAAAUGUUAUCGUAAAGUUGACCGGAGAUGUCACCAUGUCCUUUCCAGCGGGAAUAGUGCGGAUUUUCAGUGGGAAUCCAUCACCUGCUGUCAUCAGCUUCAGGUUGUUGAAUGCCAACCGGAUCAGCCAGUUUCUGCCCCACACCCAGCUUCUGUACAGUGAUCUGUCGCAGAGUGAUUCCUAUGUGAAAGAUUUCUGGUUGAACAUGCCUGCCCUCACAGCGCAGCUACAGAAACAGGCCACGGAGAACCCAAACGCUUCCUACUACAACAUUAGUCUCCUCAAGUACCAGGUGUCAGCAGCAGACUGCCCAGCCGUCCCCCUGAGGGUCGCCGCUCGUUGGAAGUGCGAGCCCACUCACACGGAGGUCGCGAUGGAUUACGAAUACGCCGGGGAAAGCACGGCCAUGGUGCUGACCAACUUGCAUGCUCUGAUGCCGCUGGAAGGAACGAUCCGAAAUAUCCAAUCCCAUCCCCCUGCUGCCUGGAAUUCAAAACAGAAGCGACUUCGAUGGAAGCUUCCAGAUAUCAAUGCCCUGUCUGGAACUGAAGGAAGAGGCUCCCUCUGUGCCAGCUGGGAGGUCUCUGAUGGUCCAAACAAGCCCUCGCCCUUGGCACUGCAGUUUACGAGCGAGGGCAGCACCAUGUCGGGUGCCGAUGUCCGCCUGGUGGGCAACGGAUACAGACUUUCGCUGGUCAAGAAGAAGUUAGUUACAGGCAAAUACUUUGCAGGGUGCUAGUGCAGCAUUCUUCACUGGUCACAUACCCAUGUGUAGAUACACCGUGUGUCCAUCUGGGAGUGGUGUGCAGGAUCUGUUUGAGAGAUUCUACAGUUUCCAGUGGUCAGGAAUUUCACUCAUCAGCCAGUGGACUCCAUGACUUCAUUACCAAUUCUCCAAUCUUUAUCUCAGAAGGUAUCUCCAUUCCAGAAAGAGUGUCCAUUCCAGGAAAAUGCUGAACAAAAUUUCAUCAUGUUUCCCCAAGACUUUGAAUUUUUGUGAUCGUAUUUAAAGUCGCUCAUCCAUUGGUCUCAAACUCUUGCCCCAGAAGACUGGCAAACGCUAUGAGACAGAAUCUAGAAAUGCUCAGAUUCACUGUCUGAACACAAUUUUCAACCUUACCCCUACUCGUUCUUCUCUCCCCUGCUAUCACUCAGACUCUGAAAUAACCCGUUGCUGAGUACACUGGAUCCUACAGUUGGGAGAGUCCCUGCAUUUCUUUUACUGGAGCACAAUGGAAUAUCAAGGAUUUGGUUUAUUUCAUUAUGCAGUUGUCUGGAGCUGAACGCUUUGUGAUGUAAGACCAUGCUGCCGAUCACAAUACUGACCUGUUCUGAAGUGAAUGAGAGACAACCCUUUUCACUCCCUGCCACCUGUGUUCUCAUGUUCCCAGGGAGUGUUCAUUCCACAUGAAUAAUGGCUUGAAGGAUUCCAAGCUCUUUGACUUCAGAGUAUGAGACAAAGGGUGCUAGCAUAAUAUUUUCAAACACUGAAUUACAAUAUUUGAAACUACCAACAAACUGGCGUGAUAAAUUUUCAGGUUUCAUAUGUUUUAUUUUGAGAAUUCUGGAUCUUUAACUGGAUGUUGGUUAUGUGGGACAUUUAAUUUUACUUUUUAAUGAAGGAAGAUUCCAGGACACCUGGAAAGCUGACAUCUUUAUUCUUUACAGAAUCAUUGACCACAGAAAGUUUAGUUUGUCAGGACGGAGUCUGAUUGUAUCUGAAAUGCAAACUUAGUGGCUGUGUUUGCUAGUUGUGGUGCCCACACAAUGGGAGUUUAAAAUUGGCAAGGCUGGUGCUAUCUGGAACUCGGGUAGACUCCAGGUAAUUUGUGUGCCAGUGCUGGGCAGCAGGAAAUUCUACAAACACACGCAAAAGUCCCUGGUCUGUCCAGCUUCAAUAAGAAUUCUGUAACUGUCUCUAAGUAGUCCUUACCCACAACCAUAAUAAGUGGAUUUCUGUUUUUUUUUGGAGGGAUGUUCAGAGGGGAUAUGGCACCUCCUGUUGGUUAAAGACCCCAACUGCAAUUCAUUGCUUCAGCUUAUGCGCAAUACAGGUAGAUAUGGUCUUGGGCCAAGUCAGCGAGUUUAUAUCUGUACUAUAGUGAGGGUCAGCAUCCUAGGGAGAAGAGUGGACUCACACCCCAAAGACAAUCAGCACUAUGGGGUCCUGUGCUCUCUGUGAUAGUCACACCAUGGACGAGGGGUGGCACUAGUUGUAUCUAAAACGGAUGAAAUUUAUUUUACUGAACUGUCUCCUGGCUGUGUUCUGAGCUGCUCUCUCUACCUGUUCACUGUGAAUGGGGAGCGUUUAGAAAAUUCUGACUCUGACUUGCAGCUUUGGUGCUUUAUGUAAGAUGAAUAACUCUAACUGUGUUCCUAGAGGUAUCCUGUAUUUGUUACUGGGAUUACUUUUGAGGUUCCUUCAGUAUGAAAAGGAAAGAGUUCUGGGAAUCAACCAUGGGCUGAUAGUUAAACUAAAUGGCUCCAGCUAUGGGGAAGGUAGGAAUUAAGCUUGAAGGACGAUUAAGAUUCACUGAGGCAGGGGUGGGAAGUCAGGAAAUAGAACAAUCCUGACUCCCAAUGCUCAGGAAUGUUUCUCCCAGACUGAGGUCUGUGCUGGUGCUAUAGCUGUCCAACUACAGGGGCAACUUUCCUCAUGGUGCCUUCUACUCUUGCUUCCCACCGUUGGUCAACAGAACAUUUCCCUGCUUUCUUGCAGCCAAUCAGAUGUUAAGCUGGCUUUCCAUAGCCUAAAUGGCAGUCUACUUCUCCUAUUUUGUGUCCCAAUUGCAAUAUUUGUCUGUGAGAUAAUCAAAGAAAUAAUUCUUUUUUUGCUUAUAUAUAGCAUCCAUGUGGAUUAAACUUCCAGUGCUAUCUGAGACAUUGGCUACUGUGGGCAUCAACAGAGGCUUUUUUGGUGGUGUGGGCCAAAGCCUGCUGUAUUAUUGGCCUGAACUCUGUCACUAGGCCUCUAACAGUUCAGUGGAAACUUGGUCUCUUCCAGACUAAGUGGUCUCCCACUGUCCUCACUUAGAACUGGAGGUGCCCACCUCUCUGCAGAGCGACUGUUGCCGAUUUGUUCUGGGCCUGGAGGGUGCUGUUCCUGCUGCUUUCCCCCUUUCCUUUUAAGUGAUGAUUUGAGAUGAUCCUGGAUUUUAUCUCUAAGUUCCUACUCUGACCACUAUAACGAUUGGGUGCUUUAUUUUUAUUUGACAUAUGUUUUGAGCUGUUAUAUUUAAAUUGAGUUGUCAACACUGGGGAUUUUCCUCGAGGUUUCAUCAGAAGAUCUCCAAUCUGGGACCACAUUGCUUUCACAUUCCUUGUUUUAAUCCAUUCUCCAGAGAUGUCCCUACCUAGCUAAUUCGAAAACAAAAUGUUUUUUUUUUGCUGAUCCAAUCACAUCCUCCAUUUUUGCCAGCGGAUUUCCUAAUUUGUGAAUGAAACAGUUCGAACGGAGGGAGAAAAGUUUUAUGUUUCAUUGUCCUUGUCAUUUCUCUCCGUGGCUGUUAUGAGCUACUGUCCCAGAGAUUGUCAAUGCUCAGUAAGGAUGAAGAAUGUAUAAAUUUUUUUGCACUAUGUUCUUGUCUAAAAUCACUAGAACCACCCAGGAGGGAGUUGCUGGUUGGGCUUUGUUGCACUGUUAUUUGGAUUUGUUGUGUUGUGUGUAAAGCACUUGUUUGAGAAUAGUUAUACAAACACGUACACUUUAAGCAUGCUCCCGCAUGUUUCCCUAAUGCCUAGUGAGUAAGAGGAGAGAUUUGCAUAAUUGGAUAAUUUGGAUGUUUUACUCAAUUGAGGAUUUAGCCUCAUGCUGACUGUACAGUGGGGAUCUUGAAGAUCUGAGUUAAUUGCCAAUGUCGCACCUUCUCCAAUCAUUGCCUGCUCCAGAAAGUUCAAAAAAUUGCAAUUAUAAUUGGAUAAAAUUACACCAAAUGGGUCGGGAUGUGCUACAAUACAGAUUAAUCCCAGCCUCAGUCCAGGAGCUGACUAAAUGGGGUCAGUGAGCGAAAUGAAGGAUUAUUUGGUACCAUGCUUGGGAGGUGUCCACUUUCUAAACAGGUGUAACAAACCUUUGCACCCCCACUCUCCUUGUCCUUUACUACCAAGCACUUUGAUCGUAAAAAGGUAAUGUUAUUCAAAGUGAUUUCUUUCCAACUUGCAUUAUGGAAGAAAAGUAAAAUUAACUCUCUAAGAUCUCGUCAAAAACUUGAAAAUCUGAGAAAACAUUGUGAAUGUAUCCAGGGAAUCCAUAGUGUUAAGUAAGUUUCCCCUUGACUGACUGUAUCAGAUGGUCUGGAAACUUGAGAUAUUAUCGAUGAUAUUAUGAACUGUACAUAUACAUGAGAUUACCUGGGGAUUCUUUUUCAGAAUGAGCCUUUACCUGGUUGCAUUUGUUUUUCUUUUUGCUUCUAACACUAUGACACCUGCCAGAGGCCUGAGAGUUCCGGAUGGGUCAAGGGCUCUAAAUUUGAGAUGCUGAAGGAGCUCAAGAGGUCUGUUUGUUGAUUUGUAUUUACCUGAAUGUUGAUGGUGUUUGCUAUUCUGAGGUGACAUUUGCAUUGUACACUGAACCAAGCAAUAAAAAUGACUCCA